UCCUUCAAUUAAUAAUCCAGCUCAGCAUGCACAUUUGCGUGCAACAUCCAACAUCGCACCAGUCAGAAUGUUGGACAACGCUUUGGGCCUCUCGCCAACCACGUGCCACACGCGCCAGACCGCGUGAAGAAAGAGUGACUUAAACAACCGAAUAGAAUGGAAACCCCAUUCCCUUGGCAACAACUUGCCAGGUUGUUGGAUCGAUUGCAUAGUAAAACACUUUCGCUUGGUUCGGUUUGGCUUAUAAAUAUUUACGUGCUUGUUUUAUACAAAACGCAAUUAGCAAAAAAUGUUCAAAUUGAAAAACAAACUUAGGAAUAAAUUCAAAUCGUCCAAAAUCGAUUGCCAUCCGGAUGAUUUCAGUGUGCUAUCGUUCGAUUUCAGUCCGGAAGCAUCGCCAGCUCCACCGCCGACUGCAUCCGAACAAUCGGACAGCAAUACGUCCACCGGUUGUGACCGCUCUUUCCAAAACGAUGGAUGCGAUCCACCCCCGGCAAGUGCUGAUGAAAGUGGUCCCACAUCGUCGUUAAACUACAGCUGCUGUUACAAUUAUAAUUUCAACAUCAACUACAACUUCUCUCCACCACCACAUGGCUGCAAUGUCGGGCGUGAAUCCCCGAAGUGGUGUGAUGAGGAAAUCUGCGAGGAACUGCACCUGUUCGACAGCGAUAGCAAUCUGGCAGCGGAGAUUCCUCUUGAACCGAGUAAAAAGAGCAAAACCAGCAAAAAAGUCCGACCGACAUCUACGGAUCGGAGCAAACGCAGCUUCUCGAGUAUGUCAUCGAAGGUAACACCCGGUAAUCCACGGGCACCGAAAGCAUCCAUGAAAGCAUCGCGAUGUUUGUCCACGAGUGAUUUGUCGACAUACAAAGGCAGUGGCUAUAGCGACCACAGCUACGACUACAACAACAUUUGCAAUCGGCUGCACUCGGUGAAGAUUACGGAAAUGCUAGAUCAGAAGGGGACGAAUCUCACCGACCAUGACCGGAGGAUUUUGCACUGUAUGGUUCUCAAACGUAUCAAGGAGAUUGAACGACUCGAGGAAUCCGUUGUGGCGAAACAGUGCUGGGAACAGGAAAAGGCAUAUCGGAAGUCUUUGCUCGACGAACAGGAGCGGAACUAUAAGAAAGCUAUUAAACUGAAGCGGAACAUUGAGAAAAUCGAGAUUAGAAAUCGCAAGCAGCGACUAGAACGGUUGGAGCAACAACAGAUCGAGAAGAUUCAAAAUGAAAUUACCGAGAAGGACAUACGGUCUAGCAGUUUGCGUAAAACCUUGGAAAUCCAGAAGGGCAUCAAGGAGUGUGAGAAGAAGAACCGCGAGCUGAAGCGCAUCGAGGAUGCUACAAUCAACCAGGAAGAGAAAACAUUGGACAAGGACAUCUGGCGGCAGGCGUUGGUCGAUCAUUUGGAGGAACGAGUGCAACGUGCGGACGUGCUAAGGCACAGGGUCUUGGAUGUGUACAAACGCCGAGUGAAGAUCGACAAUCAACUGGAGAAGAAGAUGCACGACCACAAUCUGAAGCAGACGCUCGAACAGGAGCGCUACAAACUGAUGAAGCUGCAGGAGCGGAUCAUGAUGCGGGAGAGCCGCUACCAGCGGUUCAAGGACAGCAAGAAACGUAUCUUCGACCAGCUGAAGAGCCGUGCCAAGACGACUGCCGCUCUGCGAGAUAUGGUUAAGCAUUCGAUUAGUCCGGAUACCUGUGCGAAAACCAUUGUCGGCAACCAACAGCGGGUGAUCAAUGUGGUGCAGGUGAAGUGAAACAGUUGCGUUAGGUAGUUUUAGCUACAAUAAGAUGUAUAUGUAAAUAGUUUGGCGUGAAAGUGUGUACCCAAAGUUUGCUAAAUAAAACUACUUACUGAGGCAUAUAAACGUAAAUAAUUUUUAUUGCGAGCGUUGGCUGUUAUUUUCUGAUACCGAUCCAGAUCCAGAAUCCACACCCGAAUUCUGAAAAAAAUCUCAGGAGAACCAUCAGGGAUUGCUUUAGAAGUUCCUUCAGGGAUUCCUAUAGGAGAUCUUUCAGAGAA